AUGGACGCCCCGAAACCGAUCGCGGUGUCGACGCGAAUCGUUCGUCACCGACCGCGUUCGACGUCGAGACGCGAAGCGACCGAUCGACGGCGCACGACGACGAAUCCUCAAUCUAACGGUUUUUUGUCCCGCGAGCCAAAAGUCGACGUCGACGGCCGCGCACGUCUCGCGCGCUCGCGUUCGAGCUCGAUGGACGACAUGGAAACCGUAUCCGUGGACGUCGACGGUCGGAAGCCGUCGAAGUCGAAGUCGUUGCGAGAUUCAUUCGACGCGGUCCGAGGGGCGGUGCUCGCGCCGAGCGAGCCGCCGAGCGCCGCGUCGACGACGCGUUCGUUCACGACAAAGGUGCGGAGCGCGUUCACGGGAUUGGUCAAGGACGUGUCGAUGACAUUUGACGAGGCGUGGACGAACAGAGAGGAGCGUGAGGUGAGAGAGGACGCGAGGGAGCGGAAGAAGCGCGCGCGAACGCUGGUCGCCGAGCGGAAAAAGCGCGCGAGAGACGCGAAGAGUCGAGCGGAGCUUCGGGCGAUGCGCCCGGCGACUGAGGUGUGGACCAUGGGUGUACAUGAGAAGAACGCCAUCGGACUGGACUGCGAUGAGAUGCACUUCGUGCCGAUCGGUGAGGCGAGCGGAUGGAGCGCGGCGUUGUUGAGGUAUCGCGCGGACGGCGGAGCGGCGGAGACGACGACGCGACGACCGAUCAUCAUGGUCCCAGGGUGUGCGUCGAACGCGAUGACGUUUGAUGUGGAUAAAUCAGUUAGUCUUGCGAGAUAUCUCUCGGAGCGAGGACAUGAGGUUUGGAUCGUGGAGUCACGCGGCGUUGGGUACGCGCGAAGGUGGAGUCGCCCUCGUUCAGAUUACGUCAACUUUAUCAAGGUUGACGACGGCGAUGGCGUUGAGAGAGAGGUUGAGGUGCCAAAGAUGCGCUCUGUGGGAUUCGGACUUUGGGAUUUCGACACGCUUCUCAACGAGGAUUUGUUUUGCGCGUGCGAGUAUGUUGCUCGUGUCGGCGGUCGUGGCGAUUUGGCGGGCGUCGGGCACUCCAUGGGUGGCAUGCUCGUUGGCGCGCUCGCAGCAAUCGGGCCUAAGCCGAGUGACAUCGGUGUGAGCUCAUCAUGGUCCAUGACGCGCGUGUGCACGAUCGCUUCGUGCCUCGAGUGUUCUGAAGAGAGCGAUCCCGAGUCGCCGGUAUCCGUAUACGCUCGAUUCUCGGCGAUGGCCGGACAUCUCCCGCGCGGUCUCACGGCGAAUCCGAGCACGACGUUCGUACAUUUGCCGAUAGCACCCGCAAGCGUGGCCACGGCUGAGGCGUUCCAAUUCGUACUCGGCCCGCCACCGCCAAUCGACGGCUCCAAGCCGGAUCCCGCCAAGGCGUUUUGGCAAAAUUCAGUGUCGCCAGUAACGUGUCAUCCUGGCGCCACCGACCCGGAAUUCCUCCGCCGUUUACUCUUGAGGGGAUUCGAUAACGUCCCGCUGUCGCUCUUGAUACAGAUGGCGACGCUCUUCACCCCAGGAGGCAUGCGUAGUCGCGACCCGACGAUGGGCGUCGACGAAUCCGCGGGCGUCCGAGCCAAACUCACGCGCGACGGCGAGCGAUUCCGCUAUAUCGACGAGCUCGCCGCCGCUCAAGUUCCCUCUCUCGCGGUCACCGGCGACGUGGACCCGAUCUUUCCUCCAAACCAAGUCAGGGCGUACGCUAAGAAAAUCGGUGCCGAGUGUCAUGUCUUCGGCGACAUUGACGCCCCACGAGACGACCCCGACGCUCACUUCAGCCACUACGACGUCAUCUGCGGAAGACACGCGCGGGAAAGAGUCUUCCCAACCAUCGCCCGCUUCUUUUUAGAGCUCGACUGA